AUGCAGAUCCAGAAAGCUGCACGCAGCUGGGAGGCAUUUCUGGGCCUGCAGAAGGAAGCCAGCCCCGCUCAACCUUUGCCCCUGAGCCCAAUGGAGGUGCUCCAGGAGCACUGUCGAGCGGUCCCUUUCACACAGGUGCUCUCCCGACCCGGCUGCGCGCCCGUCCGCGUCCGCAACCGCCUCUGCUUCGGCCGCUGCUCGUCGCUCUACGUGCCGGGUUCGGGCCCCGCGUCCCGGACGAUCUGCAACCGCUGCGGGCCCGCGCUCCAACGCCGCGUCCCGCUCGUGAUGUGGUGCGAGACCGGCCGGCCCGGCUCCCGCAGGCCGGUGAAGACUCACACCCUGGUGGUGCAGGGGUGUCGCUGCGACUCCGGUGCGCCAAAGACUGAUGUCAGCGCCCCAAAUGUGGACACAGACGCGGGCAGCCCUGACAGACAGGGACCCCGAGAAACAGACAAGGGAGACAGACAGCUCCCCGCCUUCAAAUGCUUCAAAUGA